AUUAAUAAAUAGAUAUGUCUUCAAGAGCAAAUAAACCAGCCGAACAAGCACCUGCUUAAAAUAAAUAAUAGAAAGGUGGACCAGCUGCUAAACCAUAAAAGCCUAAAGAAAAUUAUUUGACUCCAGAGGAAAUUAAUGAUUUGAGAGUAAGUUAAUGAUAAAACAUUUUUAAAAAGGAAACAUUUGAUUUGUUUGAUGAUGAUAAAAGUGGUACAAUAGAUGCUCAUGAAAUAAAGAAGGUGCUUGAAGACUUAGGCGUUGAUGCAAGAAAUAAAUUUGUGUAUCAAAUGGUGUAAGAUUUAGAAAAGUAUUUAUUAUUGAUUUAUGAAUGUAUAGUUUUGGAGGAUCAAUAAAUUUUGAUACAUUUGUAGAAAUAAUAUCAAAUAGAUUAGGAAAUAACAAAACAAGAGAAGGAGCAUAGAAAUUAUUUUAAAUAUACGAUCCUGAAGAUACUGGGUGAGUAUAUUAAUAAUAGGUUUAGGUUCAUUGAUUUUACAAAUUUAAAACGUGUAGCUAAAGAACUAGGUGAAACUUUGAAUGAUGACGAAUUGCAUGAAAUGAUUCAUCAUAUUCAUAUCCUAAGAAAAACAGAGAGUCCAGAAUAAAUCUCUUUUGAAGAGUUUUAUGAGAUUAUCACAGCUCCAAGAAGAUAUUGAUAAAAAAUAAAAUAAUACAUAUAUUUAU